AUGUCAAAAUCAAACAUCAAAGGCACUGUAACAUCGGUCGAACCUCUGAACACCGCGGAUGCUCGGUGGGUUAGACUUGUCAAAAUCUCCUACAACGACCCAAACUCCACACCUCGUACCUGGGAAUCUUCCGAACGGCUUACACGUCCAAAGGACUCUGAAUCGGAUGGCGUUGGUAUCAUUGCCGUGCUGAGCAAUCCCGGCCAGAAGCCUUCAAUUCUGUUGCAAAAGCAGUAUCGUCCACCAAUUGAUAAGGUUUGCAUUGAGAUACCAGCGGGGUUGAUUGAUGCAGGGGAGACACCUGAGCAAUGUGCUAUCCGGGAGUUGAAGGAAGAGACGGGGUAUAUUGGUACUUUGGCUCAAGGUGAUGAUGGUGGUAGUGUCAGUGCUUUGAUGUUUAAUGAUCCUGGGUUUUGCAAUACGAAUCUUAACUUUGUGCAUUUGACUAUUGAUAUGACGCUCGAAGAGAAUAAAAACCCGGUGCAAAACUUGGAGGAAAAUGAGUUUAUUGAAUGCUUUACUGUUCCUCUCGACGAGCUUUGGCAAGAGUGUAGGAAACUGGAACAAGCAGGCUGUGGGAUCGAUGCUCGGGUUGGCACAAUCGCCGAAGGUUUCAGGGUCGCAAAGAUGUGGAAUAUGUUUAAAUAG